GGCUCCCGGAAGGGGCCGGGCCGGGCCUGGCUGCCACAGCGAGCGAGCAGCGGCGCCAUGAGCCGCCUGCGGGAGGAGGACGAUCCCUACGUGGUGGAGGAACCCAGCGAUGAGGAGCGAGCGCUCAGCAGCUCAGAGGAUGAGGUGGAUGUGCUCCUACAUGGCACUCCUGACCAGAAGCGGAAGCUGAUACGGGAGUGCCUGACUGGGGAGAGCGAGUCUUCCAGUGAUGAUGAGUUCCAAAAAGAGAUGGAAGCAGAACUGAACACCACCAUGAAGACCAUGGAAGGCAGAUGGAARUCACCAGAAAUGGGUACUUCCUCAGGUGCUGGGCUGACUGGACCUGCCAGCACUUCAAAAUACUAUGAUGACAUUUACUUUGAUUCUGAUUCAGAGGAUGAAGAUAAAACAGAUACCCAGGAUGUUCGGAAAAACAGAAAACAUCAGCAGCGUCGCAUUCUCUCCAAUGAUGAGCUGCUCUAUGACCCAGAACAAGACAAUAGAGACCAAGAGUGGGUAGACUCACAGAGGAGAGGGUACCGUAACCAGAGAAGAACGCCGCAGCAGCGGCAGGCAAAACCUGCAGCUGUUCCAAAUAGUGAUGCUGUUCUGAAUUGCCCUGCUUGCAUGACAACAUUAUGCUUGGACUGCCAGAGACAUGAAUCUUACAAAACACAGUACAGAGCAAUGUUUGUGAUGAACUGCACUGUUAACAAAGAGGAAAUACUGAAAUACAGAAAGAAGGUGAAGAGAAGAAGUAAGAAAAUGAAGCAGAGCAAAGAAAUUGGCUCUACAGAAUCAAAUCAAGAAGAAGAAGAGGUAUAUCACCCAGUAUUAUGUACUGAAUGCUCAACAGAAGUAGCAGUAAUAGAUAAAGAUGAAGUUUUUCACUUCUUCAAUGUUCUGGCCAGCCACUCUUAAUGUGCAAAUGCAGGGGGAAAAAAUCCUGCACUGUUUUAAGAGUGUGGGAAGUGUUAGGAAUGCAGGCACGCUAGCCUUUUUAAAAUGUGGUCUURUAAAUGUACAUUUUCAUCUGAGAACUGUAUAAUGGUUGGACUUUUUGCCAAGUUUAUAAAAGGCAUACAGUUAACUGCGUGUAUUUGAGAGCAGUACUCUUUCCCAUCAUCAGGCGGUUACAUAAUUGGGGAUUAAAAAUGUUGUAAAUACCAUGUAAAAUCUGUAUAUUAUGAUUAUUGCCUGUAUAUAUACUAUAUUCAUUAUUUCAGUGUGUAUUAGGACUGCUUCUUGGAAUAAAUACUUUAUAGUUACUGAUUUUCCAUAGCUGCAUUGGUUACAUUUAUAGCAUGGGAUUAAACAACUCUCAGUCUGAGAUGUUUGAUGUCCGUAGGCUGUUGUUCUUGGUGGAUUUGCACACAUGUAGGUCUGUGUUGCUUCUUCCCRGCUGGCAACAAAGCCAUACAGCUGCUUGCUCACUCCUCUCCACCCCCUCCCUUAGUGGGGAGAAAAAUCUGGACCUGCAGACCCGUGGAGAGAGGAGCCCACACUAGAGCAGGUGUCCUGGUAGAACUUGUGAGACUGCAGCAGACCUACGCUUGGAGCUGGCYGUGCCUGAAGGACUGCACUUCGUCAAAAAAUGACCCACAUAGGAGAUGUGUGGGAAGAAAUGUUGCGUGUGGGAUGGACUURUGUUAGAGAAGUUUGUGGAGUGCUGUCUCCUGUGRGAGAUACCCAACACUGGAGCGGGGGAGAGACUUCUCCCUGAGCAGUGGCAGGAACAACAUGUGAUGAACUGACUCUAAUCCCCAUUCCCUGUCUCCCUGCACUGCUGUUGAGGGAGGAAGUAGAGCUCCAGAAGGAGGGAGUGGGGGGAAAUGUUUUUAAGAUUUACUAUAUGUCUCAUUAUUGUGCUUUCAUUUUAUUAGUGAUAAAUCACUAACAUCCCCAAGUUAAUACCAAUCAGUUGAUAUCCCCAAGUUSAGUGUUUUGAUUGUAUUUGGUGAGUGAGCUCUCCCAGUCCUUCACUCAUGAACCUUUCACUGUCUUUUCUCUCCCGCAUCUGUUUACACAGGGGAGUGAUAGAGCAGCUUUGGGGGGUGCCUGGUGUCCACCCACCACAACAACACAACUGCUCAUCACCUGCUGACCARUAGCCAGCUUGUCCCUGAACAGCAAUCAUUUACCUUCCAGGGAUCUCCCCCAGUUUAUAUACUGGGCAUAAUAUUCUACGGUAUGGAAUAUCCCUUCAGCCAAUUUGGUCACUUGUCCUGCCCAUGCUCCUUCCCAAUUUUUUGUGGACCUCUGGCAGAGCACAAGACAAUGAAAAGUCCUUGACUUAUCCCAAGUACCACUUAGUGUUUUGCCAGUGGGUAGGGUGAGGGACACACCAAUUUACGGGACAGUAUAAUUUAUUACAAUGCAAAACUGAAAAUAAUCACAAAAGGGUAAGAUAAGCAAUGCACCUAAUCUUUACUACAAAAGAAUGCUUGUAGUGAUUAACAAAGAUGCAUCAACAGUUAACCUAAUCCUUGACCAUCAUYGAUAUCUUUAAAACAUCAACUGUGGGGGAAAGCUGCCACAGUAAAGGAUUGGAGAACUUCCCCCACUAACUGGGAACUCCAGCAGUGUGUCCACCUUGCCGGCCAUGAGGCUCCCCUGACUUUGCUGUGACAGUAGCCUAGAUUUUACACUGUUUAAACAAUGAAGCUGACAUAAUUUCUAAUUUCAUUCUUCUGUUGGCUUUCCCUUAAAGCCUCAAUGAGGAACCAAGGGAGUUGUCUUUGAUCCUAUACCCCCUAAUAAGGCCAGAUGUGGCCUUACCCAGUUUCUAGAUAUGGAAAGGUAAAURCAUGUUUUGCCAAUAAAUGAACACAUAACAAUACKUUGUAAAUUCCAGCAUUUGGUUGAAAUGUUCAUCUAGAGGUCAGCUUUGUCUCAGGGCCUGUUGUUCAGGCCUUAGCACUUCACAUACCAACAACCAAAGCAUCAGUGUGUUCAUGAGAACAUUGUCAUACUAAAUCCAAGCUAUUGGCACAAAUAUGAACUAUCCCAGCCAAAACCAGGACACUGAAAAAGAAGGAAUGGUCAUGAUAUAGGGAUUUUUGGUUCACUGAGAUCUCAAAAAAAAGGAAACUUUAUACAGAGUGAGAAUGAGCUUUUAUUGGUUUUAUGGGUAUUACUGUUCUGCCACUGAUCAUGUAAAUCAGCAUAUUAAUGCYGAGUAGUACAGCUAAAUGUUGUAUAUGUCAAUAUCUAUAUGAAGAAAGUACUGGAAUUUAUUGUCCUUUUUCCUUAUGAUUAUACAUUUUAAGAAGAAAUCUUUAGACAGAUCUAUUACCAUAGAACUAGUUUGUAUGCUUUUGCUGUUUYAGUACAUUUACAGCUUCUUUAUUGAAGUGCAGAGUUUCUGCUACUGGUAUUUAUGUCUGUGAAGCCAUUGCAUUGUUAAUACUGGAUCAUUCCCUGUCUUCUUCCAGGCAUACACCCAAGAGGCUAACUCCUACUUUUUAUUAGUAAUUAGCAUUUCUUUAUAGCCUGAUAUUUUUUAACUCAACUUUGAACAAGRGUCUGUCAGAAAA